UAUGGUUCAUCAAACACAAACAAAAUUCUUAAAAAAACAAAAAAACAGAGAGAGAACAAAAAACGGUCAGAAUUCCAGCAUGGGGGCGUUACAUGCAUGUUUACAUGGAAGGUUUAACGUUGAUUAAACAUUGCACAAUAAAUUAGAGACCUCGGCUAUACUUACAGACACAAACAUAUUCCUUGCGAGUUCCAGUUUCGUUGUCGUGUUCUUCUUCUGUUUGCCAUGCAAUCUCUUAAGCUUUCUCAGACUCAGACCAAUUUUGCCCUCUCCGGCCACCGGCGGUGCCCUGUUUCGAAAUGUCCGGCGACUUCGCUCAAGAGUUUUCCAACCUUGAGGUGUUCUGCUCUCGCGAGCACCGGCUCCAAAUCGUUAGGUGUCAAUGCUGCAGAAUUCAUGGAAGCGUCGAAGCAUGGAAAUCUGGUCCCGCUUUCUCGGUGUCUAUUUUCUGAUCAGUUGAACCCAAUCGUAGCUUAUCGGCAUUUGGUGAAGGAAAAUGAUUGGGAGUCUCCUAGCUUUAUUUUCGAGUCGGUGGAGUCCAAUUCUCAAGGUCGUUAUAGUGUAGUGGGAGCUCAACCAGCAAUGGAGGUAGUGGCGAAGGAGAAUAAAGUCACAAUUUUGGAUCACAAAAAAGGUCGAUUGACUCAGGAAUUUGUGGAUGAUCCCUUCAUGGUUCCAAUCAAAAUCUCAGAGCAAUGGAAGCCUAAGUCAGUGGGUGGAAUUCCAGAUACGUUUUGUGGUGGAUGGGUGGGUUAUUUCUCCUACGAUACAAUGCGAUACGUGGAGAACAAAAAGCUGCCAUUCUCAAAGGCUCCAACAGACGAUAGAAACCUUGCCGACUUCCAUCUAGGCCUUUACGACGAAGUUCUUGUGUUUGAUCAUAUCGAAAAGAAAGUUUACAUAAUACAUUGGGUGAGGCUUGAUGGGUAUUUGUCUGUGGAGAGUGCUUACGAAGAUGGAGUAAAGCGUUUAAACAUGCUUGUGGAGAAACUUCAAGAUGGUGAAGAGCCAAAGUUGAGUCCAGGUUUUGUCGACUUGAAUACUCGUCAAUUUGGUCCUUCAUUAACGAAGUCGAACAUGAGUAGUGAGUCUUACAAACAAGCUGUGCUUCGGGCAAAGGAACACAUUCUUGCAGGGGACAUUUUUCAGAUAGUUUUAAGUCAGCGUUUUGAAUAUCGAACUUUUGCCAAUCCUUUUGAAGUUUACAGAGCAUUGAGAAUUGUCAAUCCAAGUCCAUAUAUGGCUUACUUGCAAGCUAGAGGCUGUACUUUGGUUGGCUCUAGUCCCGAAAUUCUUACUCGUGUAGAAAAGAAUAAGAUUGUGAAUCGUCCAUUGGCUGGAACUGUUCGAAGAGGGAAGACAGAAAACGAAGAUGAAAUGUUGGAGAAGCAGUUGCUGGAUGAUGCAAAACAGUGUGCAGAACAUAUUAUGUUGGUUGAUUUGGCUCGGAAUGAUGUUGGAAAGGUUUCAAAAAAUAGUUCGGUGAAGGUCGAAAAGCUUAUGAACAUCGAGCGGUAUUCGCACGUAAUGCACAUAAGCUCCACGGUAACAGGAGAGUUACAUGACCACCUAACUAGCUGGGAUGCCUUGCAAGCUGCAUUACCUGUCGGAACCGUUAGCGGAGCACCCAAGGUGAAGGCUAUGGAGUUGAUUGAUGAACUGGAGACAACGAGACGAGGCCCGUAUAGCGGUGGCUUUGGUACCGUGGCGUUUAACGGUGAUAUGGACAUAGCGCUUGCUCUCCGAACAAUUGUAUUUCCAACAUCAGCUCAUUACGACACAAUGUACUCUUACAAGGGCGUGAACCAGCGCCAAGAAUGGGUCGCUCAUCUUCAAGCCGGUGCUGGCAUAGUGGCUGACAGUAGUCCUGAUGAUGAACACCAAGAAUGCCAGAACAAAGCUGCUGCUCUUGCUCGUGCCAUCGCCUUGGCCGAGGCCGCUUUUGUUAGUAAAUGAUAACCUCCAGCUUCUGUGCUUCAAAUUGCUCAAAGAAUUUUGGUGUAAUGGAUAGUAAAUAAAGUAGCUUCAUAUGCAACAAAAAGCCAUAAUAUAUAUGUUUUCAUACUUUUCUUGGCCAUCUUUGAUGGGCUUUAUAUCAAUAAGAAGUUGCAUCUUAUAUAUA